GUGGACGCAGAACGAACUACGUCUCUGCAUCUCUUAUAUAUGUUAGGCGAACACGAAGCCCAUUACACAUUUCACACCAAAAAAAACUCAGUCUCUCUUUUCUCUUGCCUUUCGUCCGUCUCCACCGCGCACGGCGCCUCCGUCCUGUGCCGUUGAUCAUCUCUUCUCAGGGAUCAUUGAUCUCUAGAAGCCACUCAAGGUCGUCUCACAAGGCUUUGUAGAUACAGAUUGUGAAGGUUGUUUCCGAAAACGGCGCCGAGGAAGAAGUAUUCUGUGUUUUUACGACGAUUUGUCGAUAGAGAUUGUGGAGUUCGUGGGAUUUUCAAUGGCUACAGGGCCGGUUAAGUCUCAUCCUUUGCACAACUUCGCUCUCCCAUUUCUGAAAUGGGGUGGGAAGAAUCAGACCAACAGUAAUCACCGCAUUCGGCGGGAAAUUGGCGGCGACUCAUCACCUGCCGUCGAUCAUUCUGAACCGGAGUCUGAAGCAGACUCCAAGCAUCAACCUCGAGUUGGAUCGCGCACCGCUCGGAAUAGAUUGCCGUUUUCACCAUGCUCACUGGGAGAUAAAUCCGCGAAGCAUUCUGAAGGUGAGGUCGGAGAAGAAGUUGUGAAGGAGCAGAAGCGGGAAGGUGAGGAGGCCGAGGCGGAGGAAAUAGUGCAGAAGCCUUGGAAUCUCAGGCCGCGGAAGGGCCUGUCCUUGAGAGGCUUUUGUGAUUUGAAGAAUGGACGAGACUUGCAAGAACAGGACGGGGCUGUUUCUUCCGCUGCUGGUGCGUUUCAGCAAGGGGAGAAUCCGCAGCCGAAAUCGCUCCGGUUGCGAGGAUUUACAGAGUCGCAUAGGAUUGAGAAGAAGGAGAAGAGAAAGUUCUGGAUCGCUCUGUCUAAAGAUGAGAUUGAGGAAGAUAUUUUUAUCAUGACUGGAUCUAGACCUUCCAGACGGCCGAAGAAGAGACCUAAGAAUGUUCAGAAGCAACUCGAUACUGUGUUUCCUGGACUGUGGUUGGUCGGUGUUACAGCAGACGCCUAUCGUAUCGCCGAUUCUCCGGCCAAGAGAUAGGCAUGAUGACGAUGGAUAUUUUUUGAUCUUUGAAGUUGGAAGAUUUUGCCUGCCAUGCCUUGAUUGGGACCCUUGUUGGAGGUAUACCGUUAUUACUUCUAGGAAGAAGAAACGAAAUUACGAUUCAAAUUGAACACGUGGGAAAUCCAGUUUUUCUGUGUUGUUGUUCCUACUUGUAGUAAUCUCUCUGGUCCGAUGAAAGGGCAGGUUUUAGCGUUAGUUUUCGACUUAGUACUUUUCUUAUGAAAGUAGAGGUUAGUACGCUGAAUUGAAUCAUAUUAUAAGGUUUUGUUAUUAAAGCCUUCUGUGAUAUAGUUUGGAAUUUUAUUGCUCAUGUGGGCAAUUCUUAUUUAGUUGAUCAAUCAUAAUGUUUGACAGGCUUCCCUAGAUUGCUGGGGACUAGAUUUUCAAGAGCUUGGUUUCUUAUGCAAUUGCUAUAGCAGGCAGUGCAUUCUUUUUCAGAUAGAACUUUCACUCGCAUUCUUCAA